AUGAGCAUCUUUCGCACUGAGAGUCUGAAGGAUGCGACGGUGUUGAUUACUGGAGCAUCUGGUGGAAUCGGGGCAGCGACGGCGAUAUUGUUUGCACGAGCAGGGGCGAAUCUGAUCAUCACCGCCCGGCGAGAAGCGGUUCUAGAGGAAGUAAAACUGGCGUGCGAGAAGGCCAAUAAAGAGAGCGGGGUUGGCCAUGGCGGGCGAGUAUCGGCGUUGGUCUUGGACAUGCAAGAACCACAAGCUAUCGACUCCUUCUUGGACCGGGUUCCGCCUGAGUUGAAGAAGAUUGACGUGCUAGUCAAUAAUGCCGGAUUGGUCUAUGGUCGGGAUCAAGUAGGAGACUUAAACUUUGAAGAAGUUCAAGUGAUGAUUAACACAAAUGUCUUGGGUCUUAUACGAAUGACGAACGUGGUCGUGAAAGGAAUGAAAGAGCGUGCCAAAGGACACAUCAUCAACAUUGGUUCGAUUGCCGGGCGUGAACCGUAUGCCGGAGGAUCAAUAUACUGUGCAACUAAACAUGCCGUCAAUGCCUUUUCAGGUGCGCUAUUGAGAGAGCUCGUUUCAACCCCGCUACGGGUCUCAGAAAUCCAACCAGGAAUGGUGGAGACCGAGUUCUCAGUGACCCGGUUCCGAGGCGACCGGAAAUUAGCAGACGCUGUUUACGAUGGUUUGCAGCCUUUGACGGCAGAGGACAUUGCCGAAGAAAUCGUCUGGUGUGCAGCCAGACCGCCCCAUGUCAAUGUUGCCGAAUUAUACGUCUUGCCGACCGCCCAAGCCAGUGCGACGAUCAGUCAUCGGCAAAAUAGUUAG